AAAAAAUAGUAAAUAUAGCUAUUUUAGUAAUUUGAUAUGCGAAAAUACUACAUUACCCUUAAACUCAAUUUUUUCCCAACCUCAAAUCCUUUUCCUACUUUUCAUUGUCCGCCGUCUUCGCCGAAAGAGACGAGGGAAAGAGGGAAGGGUUGAGAGUGUUCAGUUGAUGUUCUGUCAUUUCCGCUCGCGGUCGGAUUUGUGGGAGAAAGAGGGGGUUUUGUACUUCCGGUAAGCAUCAGUUCAUCUCGGCCGACGGAGAACAUCCGAAGAAGUGAACAAAGAACAAACAAGGAGGAAGAAGAAGGAAAAGAAGAGAGGAGUAGAAAAAUAAAGGAAGAGGACGGAUUUGGCCAGACAAUGGCGAAUAAAGAACCAGUUGGUGGCGACGGCGGCAGUUCCACCGCGCUGGAAGAAGCUCCGACUGUGUGCAAUUUCUUCAGGAAGCCAUCAAAGGGAAAGAACAUCAGGAAACGAACCUCCACUGAAGAAGGAGACGGCGAGGAAGAAGAAUCCACAGUUGUCAUCAACAAGAAGAAGCAAGUGGCUCCCGAUAACAAGCUCCGUUUCUCAAGUGGACCGGCAAAGACCUCGAAAGAAUCUGAUCUGGAUAAACCCAAAGUCACAGUCUUCGAAUAUGAGUCGUCUAGAGAAAUCCAGCUCCACAACGAUAACCGGGCCACGGCCACCCUGGAAACUGAAACCGAGUUCUCUAGAGACGCACGGUCCAUCAGAGAGAGAGUCCUUAAGCAAGCUGAGGAGGCCCUCAUGGGUAAAAACAAAGCUGACGGGUCAGAAAAGUUAUAUAAGGGCAUGCACGGGUACACCGACUACAAGGCUGGGUUCAGGAGAGAGCAUACGGUGGCGAGUGAGAAGGCUGGUGGGGCCCAUGGGCCCCUUAGGGCCUCGGCCCACAUAAGGGUUUCUGCAAGAUUUGACUAUCAGCCGGACAUUUGCAAAGAUUAUAAGGAGACAGCAUCACGCAAGAAAUAAGAAGUGCUUUGUAUGUGACCAGCCCACGAAUGGGAUAUUCAACACGGCCUUUGAGAUACGGAAAAAGAUGGCUGCUGAGAAAAAGUAAUGAAUCAAAUGUGAGCAUUUAGGGUCAAUCUGUUAGAGAACUCCUCGAUGAAAGCUCCAUUGUUGGUGCACUUAUCUUUUCUAUAAAAAUCCUUUAGUAUUUGCCACAAACUUUGCGAUCUCUUUUAUAGUUCUUCCCAUGGUACAAAUUAAGGUAUUUGAAUAUCUCAACUGUGUUCUUCUGUUGUGUUCUAGGAAAGAUGAUUUAUGUGAUUAGCAUAUCCAUAACGCUAAACAGAUUUGAGUUAAUUGUUCCCCAGUGUGCAGUAUAAGCAAAUUGUUCUGCGAAGAAUGGAUAUCACCAACUGAAAAUGCUUAUAAGGAGUAGGGGAAUCUCCUCGAGAUGUUGAUUAACUAAAUCUAAAUCUGACACUUCAAAACAACUAAACUGCAUGUAAUAUACCAUAAAUUUUGGGGCAUACGAAACUCAGAGGUUAUGUUUUUCAUACCUUCAACAGUAUUUCGAUUAGGAUAGAAUGGAUGGGAAACAGGAUAUAAACCAGAUGAAAAAACAAA